AUGGAGAGUCAGGAGGAUGGCGGCGUUGUGGACGAUAUGAUGCAAUGGGUCCGUCCCUGGAGCAACGAUGAGGAAAAGAUGCUGCAGUUUAUGGAAGAGAGUGUAGCGCCCAGUGGCGAGCUGCGGUGCAAGCUUUGCCAGCACGUGGGCUCCAGCAAGCGGCUAAUGCUGGCGCACUUCGAGAAGAAACAUCAGUAUGACUGCGAGGAGUGGGCAAAAGAGACCAUCAAGGGCAUGAAAGCGUCCCAUGAAUCCUUCAUGAAGCGGUUGGCUGCCAUUGGCGAUUCCACUGGGGAAUUUGUGAUCCCAGAUGGCAGCAAAGCAGACAUGUCCAAGGCGGGCUGGCUCUCAAAGGCGGCGCAGAGGAGGUCUGAAUUCCUGGGAGGGACUGGCGACGGCCGCGUAGCGGCCAAACGUGCUUGGAAACGGGUGGAGGUGAAAUGGACACGUAUCAUCUAUCAGUAG